AUGAUGAAAAGACUUCUCUCCUCUCUCUCUCAACAACAUGAAAUGGUUCUCGCGACGUCGAAUGGUUCCAAUGGCCAAUUCAUGAUGGUACAUACUGACUCCUCUCUCUAUCAUGGCACAAGUCCAACAACAACCAUUCCUCGUUGUUCAGAACAAUUACUUGGAACAACAUCACUCACAACAGCAACGCAUAGAGCCUCUCAUACCUUUCAUUCCAACAACACCUUGUCUGUUGCCUCUUCGGGAAGAAAUAGAAGCCUUUCCAAUAGUAGUAGCACUGCUCCAUUGCAACACAUGACACCAUCAUCGAGUCAUGGCCAUCGAUGUCAUUCACCACCAACAAGUUCAGGCAGCAGUAGUGGUAGUGGUGCAGGUUCUCCCCACAACAACCACAACAACAACCACAACACUCUCCAUGCUCAACUCUAUUCGCUGCAACAACAACAAAAGAAUGAAGCCUUGCAUUUGAAACAUAUCCAAGUGGCGAAACUGUACAAGUAUAAUUUUGAGGAUUUGUACGAUUGUUUGGAAGUGAGAGUCUUGUUCAAACAAUUUCUCAUCAAGAAUCAAAAUGAAGAGAAUUAUUAUUUUGACCAGAUUUUGGAUACGGAAUAUAAAAAGUUAAAGUCGAAUAGAAAUCGAUAUCAAAUGGCAAAGAGAAUGAUUGAAACAUUUGUGAAAGCAGGAGCUCCUUAUGAAUUGAAUUUAUCGGAAAAGAUUAAACAAUCCGUGUUGAGAGAAUUUCAAAAAGCCACUCCUGAAAAUUGUCCACUCGAUAUGUUUGACAGUAUACAGUAUCAAGUGUUGACAUCAAUGAGAUUGGAUGCUUAUCCAAGAUUCAUUCAAAGUGACGAGUUUUUGAGCUUUAUUGGAGGGAAAAUUUCAUCAUUUAAGAACGUACAACAAAAAUUGAGAUUUAUUAAAUCGAUUGGUGCUAUCAAAAAGGUGACACCUCUCGAAAAAUCAUCCUCAAAAGGAGAUUUAAGGGAAAGCAUUAAUGCUAAAAAGAAAAGCGAAGAUGAAUCAGUCAAAGAGUCACUCAUGAUGGAUCAAAUCGACAUGGAGGACAAUUCUCCUGAAAAUUUAAUUUUACCAGUUGAAGAAAUUUUAGGAGGAUUUGAGGCCCUGCAUUUCAUGUCUCCAACUCCAACCUCGACGACGACUUGUUGUCAAAGUUCUAAUCUUACAACAUCACCACCAGUAUCAACAGUGGCAACCAACACAACGAGCUCGAACGAAAUUAGUGAACCAUCCUCCAUUAAACGUUCCAUGUCGAGCAUUAUUGGUCACUUGUUCAACAAACAAUCACCCAACACUAAUAGCAAUUCCACGACCUCAACCAUACAACCCUACAUUCACACAACGAGAACGAGAAAUACCAGUGGAUCAGCGUGUGAUUUGAAUUUUCAUGAUUCCCCAGCUGGCUCAUCGAAUAAUAAGAGCGCCAUUGCCAUCCGACUGCAUGACAGUCUUCCAAGAGCAAUUGCCCCAAUUAACAAUUUUAUCGUCACACCUUGUAGUGACGAUGAGAAGGAUGACGAUGAAGACGAUGAAAAUGAAGUAAGUGAAGAUGAUGAGAACGAAUUAACGCCAACCGAACAUGAGCGUGUCAAGAACUUUGACAUAAUCAUACACAAGAGCUCACUCUUUGAAAAGUCUCUAUCGUCAGAAAGACCAUUUUGCGAGUCCUCUUUAGAACAAAACGAUCAACACUUGUGGGAUGAGGUUGACACGUGUCUUUCGGAUGAAUCCUCAGAAGAAGAAGAUGAAGAUGACAACGAGAAAGACGACGAAUUAGAGGAUGAAAUUAUUGGUGGCAAUUUGGCAGCUGCGGCCAAACAAAUUACAGUCUCCACAGCUGCAGUUGCUAAUAAUACUGUCAUUCCUUUACUUGAAACCUUGAAUGCCUAUAUGGAUAAACUUCAAUUAACAGUGAAUGAAAUCGACAUUGUCAAAACAGAAUAUCAAAAUUAUAUGAAUAAUUACUCGUGCUUGGAAUUGAACACGAUUUUAAAGCAAGUGGAUUCAACACCAGACUCAAAGAAAGACAAUGACUGGACCAUGAUUAAAUUAGAGCCCAAAACUCGAAGAAGAUCCAUCCUGAAUCGAAAUCAACCAAACAAGUCAAUGGACUUUGUGAGUCAAUACAAUUUGAAAGCUCACUUUGCGAGAUUUGAUUCACCUGUGUCAGACGAUGUGACUUACAUGCUUCGACGAUCAUGCAAAUUGCCCUACAAUGCAUUCUCAGUAUUGCAAUUGUUGUGUGAUGAGAGCAGUUAUGAAACCAUGGUGAAUCCUCUCUUGUUGGCACCUGCAGAAUAUAUUGAAUUUGUUGUGAAGGAUACCGAACAUUCGUAUGCCUCUCUAAUUUCUUUAGAAGGUGCCAAAUGGCCUUGGCCACUCAAGCAACGACACUAUGUCACAACGGGCACAGUCAUUUCCGACAUUUUGAAUGAUGAAAAGGAAAAUCCGAAUCGCAAGCGAUAUAUUAUUUUGAAAAGAAGUGUCAUUAAUAAUGCAAAAGUUGAAAUUACACUCAACAAGAAGGAAAAUCCCAAUCGAGUCAUUGGUGUGAAACUUGAGGCCUAUUUUGUCGAGUCCUCCAUUGCCAAUGAAUGCACAUUAACCAUGUUCAAUGAGUGGCGUUUCACGAAUGUCAACAAGUGGACAUUCCCAUCGAAACUCUUCAAAAAAUCACUCAAACUCUUCACCAAUGAUUUCCAUCAUGCCCUGAUUGAUAAGCUCUCGAGUGCAACCGUUUUACAUGCCACCAGUUACAGCGAUUUCAUCAACAACAGUCAAGAUCAAGAACAUCAUUCGCCCAACACCAAGAAAGACAAUACUCUCUUACACACUCUCUUCAGAAAUGAUGCCUUACCCAAGAAGGAUGAAAUGAAGAGCAAAGUGAAGAAUAUUUUCCACACCUUGUCAUUGAUGAAACUCUUUGAAUAUGAUUUGAAUGAGACGUGUCGAGUGAUUGAGGAACGACAACAUGCCAAUUUUCCAAUCGAACAUCAGAUAUCGGCUGAUCAGCCACUCAGUCAAGAGCCCAUUAAAUAA